UCUUCGCCGACCCCCCCCCCUCCCCGGAGAGAUCAGGGUGUCUUCAGCCCGUUUCAUGGGGGAAAGGAGGCCGGGGGGGGAGACCAGGAGCAAGAAAAACAGGAGCAGGAACAGCCCCGGGAGCAAUAGCUGCACCCGAAGCGGCAGCAAAAACUGCACCCGAAGCAGCGGCAAAAACUGCACCCGAAGCGGCUGCAAUAACUGCGCCAGAAGCAGCAGCAAAAACUGCAUCCGAGGCGGCUGCAAUAACUGCGCCAGAAGCAGCAGCAAGAACUGCACCCGAAGCGGCUGCAGUAACUGCACCCGAAGCGACUCCAAUAACUGCGCUAGAAGCAGCAGCAAAAACUGCACCCGAAGCGGCUGCAAUAACUGCGCUAGAAGCAGCAGCAAAAACUGCACCCGAAGCGGCACCCGAAGCAGCAGCAAGCCCUCCUCUCCAACCCCAUCUCCCUGUUCAAUGCUGAGCUCCUCCACCGAAAUCGCCUCGCCCGCAACCAGGAAUCCGCCCCAUUUUUUUCUCCUCCUCCAUAUAACCUAAUAGAAUCUUUAUAUAGAGAUAUAUAAUAUAUGAUCUUAAAUUAUUCCUGAUUUCUAAAACGACCGUGCCGCCCAGAAAAGACCGUGGUCUCCCCCAGCCCUCCUUUUCUUUAUUAGAACUCGUCCGUAGGUGAGUCAGAUCUGCUGAGGAAAAACAUACGUGAUUGUUAAAUUAUAUAUAUAUAUAUAUCUAUAUGUGUAUAUAUAUAUUUUUACUCUGCGCAGUGCUUAUUCGUCUACAUCCAUAGAUCCUCGAGAGAUUCUGCCUUUCUCCUCCAUGAGCAUUUCUUUUUGGAAAAAGAAACCACCCAUUUUACUAACCAAAGACUCUGUUUCUGUUUUAUCCUCUUAGAAAUAAGCAGAUAAUUAGACUGGCCCAUAUUUAAUAAAAAAAUAAAAAGAGAGAAGAUUUUUAGGUCUUCAGAAACCAGAAUUUCAAAUCCCCGAUAUUGAGGGUGGUAAUAAGCUGGAGCACAAAGACGUUUAGAAAAAAAAAAUACUCAGUCCGGGUGGAAGUAGGAGAGUAGUAAGCACUAGGUUCGUCUUCUUGUUAUAGUAAUUCAGAUACUAAAAUAAUAAAUGGGGGAUUACGGGUUUGGAGUGCUAGUGCAAAACAAUACUGGGAAUAAAUCAGCUUUUCCAGUCAGAUUCCAUCCACAUCUGCAGCCUCCACACCAUCAUCAAAAUGCAACCCCCAGCCCUGCUGCUUUUAUAAAUAAUAACACAGCUGCCAGUGGCAGUAACGCUGGGUCAGCUUGGCUCUUUCCUGCCCCAGCCGCCCAUAACAUCCAGGAUGAGAUUCUGGGAUCCGAAAAAUCGAAAACUCAGCAACAGCAACAGGACCAGCAAGAUUCUCUAGAGAAGCAGCAGCUUUCCCCCAGUCAAGGUCAGGAAGGCGGAAUGCUGCCUGAAUCCGAAAAAGCCAAGUCUGAAGAGAAUCAAGGCGACAACUCUUCAGAGAAUGGCAACGGGAAGGAGAAAAUAAGAAUCGAGUCCCCGGUGCUGACGGGAUUCGAUUACCAAGAGGCCAGCGGGCUAGGUGCCUCGACUCAGCCCCUCACAUCCAGCGCAUCCUCCCUCACUGGCUUCAGUAACUGGUCAGCGGCGAUAGCUCCUUCAUCCUCCACGAUAAUCAAUGAAGACGCCAGCUUCUUUCACCAGGGAGGGGUGCCCGCCGCUUCGGCUAAUAACGGUGCUCUGCUCUUUCAAAAUUUUCCACAUCACGUAAGCCCCGGCUUCGGGGGCAGCUUCUCCCCUCAGAUCGGCCCCCUUUCUCAGCAUCACCCCCAUCACCCCCAUUUCCAACAUCACCACAAUCAGCAUCAGCAGCAGAGGAGGUCCCCCGCCAGUCCCCAUCCACCUCCAUUUACCCACCGAAACGCUGCUUUUAAUCAACUGCCUCAUUUGGCCAAUAAUCUCAACAAGCCACCGUCACCGUGGAGCAGCUACCAAAGCCCCUCGCCCACACCAUCGUCGUCCUGGAGCCCCGGAGGUGGUGGUUAUGGAGGAUGGGGAGGCUCCCAAGGCCGAGAUCACAGGCGAGGACUGAAUGGAGGCAUAACCCCUCUGAAUUCAAUCUCGCCUCUGAAGAAGAAUUUUGCAAGUAAUCAUAUCCAGCUGCAGAAAUACGCGCGGCCCAGCUCGGCUUUUGCACCCAAAUCGUGGAUGGAGGACAGUUUGAACAGAGCUGACAACAUUUUUCCAUUUCAGGAUCGCACGAGGACUUUUGACAUGCACUCGCUGGAAAGCUCCCUAAUCGACAUAAUGAGAGCUGAAAAUGAUUCACUAAAAGGUCGUCUAAACUAUUCAUAUCCAGGAUCCGAUAGCUCUCUGCUUAUUAAUGCAAGGACAUAUGGGCGAAGGCGAGGUCAGUCUUCACUGUUCCCAAUGGAAGAUGGAUUCUUGGAUGAUGGCCGUGGGGACCAGUCUCUCCAUAGUGGUUUGGGUUCCCCUCAUUGCUUCACUCACCAAAACGGGGAAAGAGUAGAGCGGUAUUCCCGCAAGGUGUUUGUGGGUGGACUGCCUCCUGACAUCGACGAAGAUGAAAUCACAGCUAGUUUCCGCCGCUUCGGCCCUCUGAUUGUGGACUGGCCUCAUAAAGCCGAAAGUAAAUCGUACUUUCCUCCUAAAGGGUAUGCGUUUCUGCUGUUCCAAGAUGAAAGCUCCGUUCAAGCUCUGAUUGAUGCUUGUAUUGAAGAAGAUGGAAAACUUUACCUUUGUGUCUCUAGUCCCACGAUCAAGGAUAAGCCAGUGCAGAUCCGGCCCUGGAAUCUCAGCGAUAGUGAUUUCGUGAUGGAUGGCUCUCAACCUCUCGAUCCCCGGAAAACCAUUUUUGUUGGCGGAGUCCCUCGACCAUUGCGAGCUGUGGAACUUGCAAUGAUAAUGGACCGACUGUAUGGAGGGGUUUGCUACGCUGGAAUUGACACUGACCCUGAGCUGAAAUACCCAAAAGGAGCUGGGCGAGUUGCAUUUUCGAAUCAACAGAGUUACAUAGCUGCUAUCAGUGCCCGCUUUGUUCAGCUGCAACACGGAGAGAUAGAUAAACGGGUGGAAGUUAAGCCAUAUGUCUUGGACGAUCAGCUGUGCGACGAAUGUCAAGGGGCCCGUUGUGGUGGAAAAUUUGCUCCGUUUUUCUGUGCUAACGUUACCUGUCUGCAGUAUUACUGUGAAUAUUGCUGGGCUGCUAUCCAUUCUCGCGCUGGCAGGGAGUUCCAUAAGCCCUUGGUGAAGGAAGGGGGAGAUCGCCCUCGACAUAUUUCAUUCCGCUGGAACUAAGUGAUUACUGCAGAGCUCCUUUGCAGGCCUCAAAAUAAGUGCACUCUUCUGUUAGCCCUGGCCCCUUCCCCUCCUCCAGAUCGCAUGUCCUUUUGUAGUCGUCUGUAACUUAACAAUAGUAUAAUGAAAAGAAUGGCCUAUAAUAUAGGUAUUUUGUAGAUUCUCGUGUCACUGAAAACUGUAUUGAACUCCUUUUCGUAUUUGAUAUCAUGUUGCGUUUGAGUUUCAUUUUCUUGUCUUUCUCGAAGCCAAGAGGAUCCAAACUUCAUGCAACAUUUUCUUAGAGGAGAGGGAGAAAUAUUAAAAGAGAAAUGAAACAAUAGAGUAUUUUGGUUUUUUAAUUAAAUUAUUAUUAAUAAUAUAACAUAUAAGAAUACUUUUAUUAAAAUAACCAUGCAACAAUAACACUAUCAGUCUAUUCUGACACUGUUUUUCCCCCCAGGGAAAUGCUUUUGCAUUUUUCAUUUUCCUUUUGUUUUUUUUUUUUUCUUUUUUCUUUUCUUUUUUCUUUUUAGAGCAAAGGAAGAAGUUAGCAAUUCUCUAUUAACAGGAAAGAGCAUGUUAAAGCAACACAAAUGCAUGAGCAAGGUUGAAGCAGCAUUGUAAUAAUUUUUUAAGGAUUUUUGAGGCUGAAUAUAAUUUCCCUGUGCCUCCAAGUUAUUACACAUAAAAACUAGUUAAAAUAGACAGAGCUAGAUAUAUUUUCAUCUAAACAAUUACAUUUUAAAAGCUUAGAAUGUAAGGAUUGGAUAAAGUCACUACUGAGGGGAGUGCACUUAUUUAUUUUUCUUAAAGUAACUGGUCUGGUGAGAGCCCCGGAAAUCCUACCAAAGCUAGAAUUGAGGAUAACUAGUGGAAAGACUGGCAAAAGUUUUCUCUCCUGACGACAAAUGUAUAGAUUUUAUUUUUGAUGUUCUAUAUAACGCUAUAUCCUAAUUUACUAAACCUUCUUCAGGUAUCAGCCUUUGCUCUCCAUUUUGACAUUAAAAAGAAAACCUAGAGAUACCUCAAGGAUACCAUUUAGAUUUCGUGGGUUACCGUAAUCUAGUCUAACAAACCGAGACCACAGAAGGCGAAACUGGCAGCUGAUUUGGUUUAAUCUUGGAAGUAAAGUCAGUUUCACCACCUGUAACGUGUCGGUAGUGUAGAAGGACGUGAAAACGAGAAAAAGUCCGGUAGUUUCGCUUCAAAGUAUUUUGCACUGUUUGCUGAACUCAACAGCAGCUGCGUAGAUCUGCGGAAGUGCAUCUGUCUCUCUUACUCUUCCUAGAGAAUAAAAAUCAAAUAACCCGAAAUUUCAGACCAGGGCGUGGGACGGAAAGCGUUUGAAGUGCCAACUUCACCGAGGAGUGAGCGCAUGCUUUUAUCACGAGCCCGUCCGAGGCGACCGGAGAGGAUUUUCCGGAGCCUUGGGGGUGACGCUUGAGUUUUAGUUCGAAUUCGUGUCUUCUUAACCAAUGCCCUGUUCAUCGUCGAUUAGAAUGAUUGUUUAGCAGUGUGCAGAACAGACCCAAACCCGAUGGCAAUCUUGUUUGCUGUGCUACCGUACAGCACCAUCUUAGACUCUAAAAAAACCAAAGACUUGCCUCAGCACCGCUGCGGAAACACCUGGUCUGGACAUCCCUCUCCCUGCCCGUCCCCCUCCCUCAAGGCUCUCUCCUCCGCUCCCCUCCGCCUCCUUUCCCCUGCCUUUUCUCCCCACCCUGCCCCACGAUCUUCGAGAAGCAGUCGCUAAUUUUCAAUACAGGCUUUAAAUGACCCGUCCCCGUUAAGUUCCAAAGGUCAAAAUGGAGACAUUUGCUGUCCAAGAGUCAAGGUAGAAGGGAGCUGCUUUUACUGAAAUCCCUGAAAAUGCCGGCAGCGGUAAUAGAAGCGGAGGGUGCUACGGAGGGGAUCGUCAGGGACGUUUCUUUUUCUCCUGAAGUACAGAACUAGUCGGAAUGUUCAUUUCCUUUUUGUAAUGCUUGUAGGUGGCUUGGGGUGUGUGCUGUUGUGCCGUUCCUACUCAGUAAACAGGUGUGAUGAGUUACCAUUACAAGAAAUAACACUGUUUGAGAACUAGCUUUGAAUAAUAAUUUUUCCCUUUGUACAUGACCUGCUGAAUUUCGGUACAGUGUUUUUGUAGCUAACUUAUUUUGUCAUGCACAUAAUGUAUAUUUGUUAUGCACUACUUUUGUAUAUCUUGUUUUUCCAACAGUGAGCAUUUUUAGGCACACUUUUCACUGACGGGAUAUCUCUUUAUGCAAUACCUCAAUUUUUCAUAUUGCAGAGAGUAGCUUUUUGUACUUUUAUUACUGAGAGAUCUUCAUAUACUUCAUUUUUUAAUAUAAAUAAUUUUAAUAAAUUUUAUUUUCUUAUAUUCUGCUUUUUAUACAUUUCAGUGCUCUGCAUACAUUUUGAAUUAUGGAUGUUGUGCACUGGCAAUGCUAUUUUAGAAUCUGCAGAGAAGAAGAAAGCAUGUUGCUUAAACAUCCUAGCCCGGCACCAGCUAUUUGGUGUACCUAUAAUUUAAGGAGUAGUAUAUGUAAAGCUGAGAAUUAAAGGGAAAAAAAAAAAAAGCAUGAAAAUGACAAAUAACACUGUCCGUAGUCCCUCAGAAGUGAAAUGCAUAAGCGUAGGGUAGAAGUUUAAAGUAACAUCAAAAUUGUCUACAGCUUCUUACUGAGUUUUUAAAACUAUACACAAUGCAGACGUUUUUGGUGAAUGUUUAGCCAUUUUUAAUAUUAACAAAUUGAUGUUCGGUGUUUGAUUCAGAGAUGUCUGCUCUUUGAAAUUAUAUUUAAAGAAACCAAGAGCCCGCCCCCGGGCAGGCGUGUAAUGUUAGUAUGCAUGACUAAUGUAAGAAAUCGUUAUUCUACUAAUAUCCACUUGUGGUGAUUGUGUGACAAGCGUGUUUACAGACUAUUUGGUGACACUUCAGUUUACAGGGCAUAAACAAUUAUCGAUUACUCUGUACUUUAGGGAUUACACGGCCUUCAGAUUACAUGGAGUUGUAGUUGGGAGUUACCAUGUAACUCAAAACGUAAUUAACAUGUAAUUAGUUUACAGAUUUUAAGGUAUCACUUCAAUUUCCCACGCAUGUCGCUGUAGCACAUUAGCAUGGCACCAGCCAUGUACUUACAAUGUAGUCACAGAGUAAUUACAUGGUUAUUUUUGCAAUGUAAAACCAAGUGUUUCUGGUUAUUUUCUAUGUAAAGGAACCUCUCCCUUGCCCCUUUCAGCCCCAUGCUUUGGUAUAGUAUAUAUAUGUAUAUAUAAGUAUAUAUAUAUAUAUAUAUAUACUUCUCCAUACACAGACCUCUGCAGAAUGCAAAUUGAAACUUGCAGUGAAUGAAUUUAGCGUUUUAUAAGAGUGCUGUUGGAAAGACUUGAUAAUUCACCCCUUUUGUUUUGAAGAGUUAAGCCUUCUGUUUAAAGGUGAUUUAAAACUUGAAUGUGAUGAAUUGUGGCAAGUUAACUUCAAGUUGUUAUGUGCAAUACUUAUUUCAGACUUUUGAAAGAUCUUUGCAGUGUAAUUCUUUGUUUUUAAUUGCAGACAUUUAAAAAUGUCAUUUUCUACUGUUAGAGUAAUCCUCUUUCUUGCUGGUGUUUCUAAAGAAAAGAAUCAGAAAUCAAUCUUUCUACUAAUGUAAAUUUGAGAUUAUUUUUAAAAAUGGAAUAAAAAAGAGGUUUUGGUCAUUUGCUUUAUUUUAUUAUCUUAUUUUAAAGCUACUGUGAUUGAUAGCAUUGUAAGAAUUGGGACAAUAUUGUAUUCAACUGUUUUAUUUUUUAUAUUUUUAAAUUUUAAAGUAUAAUUAGUUUUUAUAAUUUUCAUCAGAUUUUUGUUAUAUUUUUUGGAAGUGAAACUUUUAGCAAGUGGGUGUCUAGUUUUUACUAAUCCCUAAUGUUUUUUUCCAGUGUAUUGCUCAUAUUAUCAGAAGGAAAAGUUAUUUAAGUAUGUCAGUUAAUUGUACUACUUGGCUGAAUUUCCAUAUAGUUUUUACUGUGUAUGGGGAGGUUGUAGUAUUUAUUAUAGCAUUUUAAAUAAGGGUAAUUCAUUUUUUAUUAAAGUCAUUUUCACAUUAAGUUCAUAUUUUUGUAUGUUCUACUCUAAGUUAUAUAACACAGUUCCUUUUUUUAAAGAGUUCAUUUGUUGAAGUGCUAGUGGAAAAUUAAUGUUAUUAAAUAGUUUGCAAAUGACUAUUUAUACCAGUAUGCAUAUAAUUUUUAAAUAUUUGUAAUGUGAGAUGUUGAAUGAAUAAAACUUUUAACUCAGA